AUGACUGAAUGUGACGACUACGCCCGAAUAAUAUCGUUCAACAACGAUGAAAGUGAGCUAAAAAUAUAUCAAGUUAGUAAAAAAAACUCAAAUCUUUGUUCUUUUUCUUCAAUUGCCUUUCGCAAACUCAGUUCGAUUCAGGAAAUUCUGACAGAUGUCGGUGGAGUGAUAUGGGACAGCGCGCUGAUGACAAUACAUUACUUCUUCAAAAAUCCAAAGCUUUUCGAAGGCAAGAAAGUGAAUUAACAUGUCUGUAUGGCUUAGAUAUUGAUUUUUACAGGUUCUUGAGCUAGGAAGUGGAACUGGCGUGUGUGGAAUCGCGUUGGCCGCUCUCGGAGCGGAAGUGAUUCUCACUGAUCUUCCCGAACGAAUUCUAUUACUUGAAAAAAACGUGGAAGCGAAUCGGAAGCUGGUGAAUGAUCGUGUCAAGGUUCAAGUGCUCGACUGGAAGACGGACGAUAUCCCGGAUGGCCUAGAUUUGGUCCUCGCAGUCGAUUGUGUCUACUACAAUAGUACAAUCACUCCGUUGAUUGAUCUUCUUAAAAACUGUGAUGCAAAACAAAUAAUUGUCGUGAGCGAAGAGCGGGACAUCGGAGAGGCUUCGGAUGCGCAGAAGACGUUCUUCAAACAAGUCGAGGAAUUCUUCCGAUUCUCACCGAUUUCUCAGCGAGAACUCGAUGCGGAUUACUGCGCAGACGACAUAAUCAUUGGCCAACUGAUAAGAAGAGUUUAG